AUGCAGAUCACGUCAGAAAGCGGGCCUACUGAACCCCCGUGUCCGCAGAUGGGGUUUCAGGAUCAACUUUAUCUCAAUUUUACCACGGCCGGAGAGACAUGCGGCGGAACUACAUGCCAAAGUCGUGGUGAAGCCAUAGCGCAAGUGCACUGGGAGAAUACCGUGUCUAAUAUUGGAUCUGACUGCGCAAAAGCUGAUCAGAUUCUGACUCAGAGUUUGGCAGUAGCUCCGGCCACCCCCAAGUGUAUCAAUGAAGCGUUUGUGGCGAAAAUUCAAGCUUUGUACAUCAAGAAGUUUGAUUCCUGUGUUGUAGAAUGUCAAGGACACGGUAAAGAAGAUGGUGUGCGUCUGGGCAAACAAAUUUGUUCCCUCGCUGACUUGUUUGCUGAUGAUGAAGGCGAGUCACUUGUGAUUACAAUCUGUAGCCAAGAAGAACAAGAUGCUUGCGAGUUUAAGCUUGAGGGCAACGCCCUCGAAAACUGCCAGAGUAAUUACUAUAACAGCAAGAAUGAUGAAUACUAUCAGCAGCUGAAGGCCGGAUGCAGUAUAUCAAUUGGCCCAGAUCAGCCGACCAAUUCGCCGACACCAACACCCAAAUUAGAUCCUAAGUGUGCAGACAAAGGGAAAGCGCUGGGUGAAGAUGCAUGGACGCAAGCCCGCAGGCAGGUUGGUGACACAUGUCACGAUAUCGAUAUGGCUUUCGCCGAUGUGAGCAAAGCUGCACGUACUAAACCAGCAUGUCAGUAUGAGGCGUAUCUGGAUGCAGUAAGCGACAUGUACACGCAGGCUCAGAAGAGUUGUAUUAAUAAAUGUGAAGGAUACGGCGAGACUAGGGGUCAGAAUACAGCGGACCAAUUCUGCCGUGUCACCGCUCUCUUCAGUGAUGAUGAAGGCGAAGAGAUCACGGUCUUCGUAUGUAAUGAGGAAGAAAAGAAGGCCUGUUAUGCCGCUUUCGAUGCCAGGGUCGAGGAUACAGCUGAGUGCAGCGAGAGAUUAGACAAUGCUGAUGGCAAAACUAAGGACUUUUACGAUGAGGUUCAGGACGUAUGCGAGAUUAGCAUUGGACCUGAUCAGUAAGCUUUAUAUAUGUUGAAAAUUCGACAGCUCGCAC